GAAAGAAGAAGCGUAGACCAGUAGGUGCACAUCGGUGCACGUACGAGUGUGACGGCACGCCGAAACUGAAACGCCGAGAGCCACGAACGUUUAAUGUCGCAUUUCCGUACUGUUUUUCUACGGUGAGCAUCUUAGUCAGUGAGUGACUAUUAAUAAUAAUCUUGGGUAUUUCCUCGAACGUAUAGUUUGUCGAGGUACUAAAGAAUGGCAUCCGAUGAGGAGGUGGACGAGAGUUACGCGGGAGAGGACGAUAUAGAUGAAACUGGAGGUCAAGUUUCAAAUAUUAACCAACAAGUGGAUGGUUCAUCCGAUGCAGAAGAAUCUCAAAGACUAGAAGAAGAUGAUGAUUAUGAACCAGAGGAAAGAAAGAAGAAGAAAGGAAAAAAACGAAAAGCUCGUAGUGAAGAUAAGAAAGGGAAGAAAAAGAAGAAAAAGAAAAAAUCCGAUUCUGGAGAUGAAAGUGAUUUUGGAGGAGGCGGUGAAACUGGUGAUGUAGCUGGUGAUGAUAGUGACUAUGCUGGAAAUAGAAAAAGUAGAAAAUCUUCUUCCAGGAAAUCAUCUAGUCACAAUGCACCUGCUCCUCCUAGCCAGGAACCCACAACAGGAAUGCCUACGAUUGAGGAAGUCUGUAACACAUUUGGAUUAACUGAUGUACAAAUUGAAUACACUGAUGCAGAUUUCCAGAAUUUAACUACCUAUAAAUUAUUUCAACAACAUGUCAGACCACUACUAGCAAAAGAGAAUCCAAAAGUUCCAAUGUCGAAACUUAUGAUGUUAGUGGCUGCCAAAUGGCGUGAUUUUUCUGAGUUAAAUCCUCACACACAGCCAGAUGCGGAUGUAUCUUCUGCAAAUGUAGAUGAAGAUAGUAGAAAUGCAAGGGCAAAUCGUAGUGGUGCGGUCCAGGAAGGCGAAGAUGAAGAAGACGAUGACGAAGAUAGUGAUAGAAAACGGAAAUCACGAGGAUCGAGAGCGAAGAAGGGAAAGAAAGCUUCUAAAGUACCAACACUGAAGAUCAAACUUGGAAAACGUAAACGAGGGAGCUCCGAUGAGGAAGCAGAGGGUAGUGGUGUUGGUACUGACAGAGAUUCAGACAUGGAAUUCGAGCAAAUGUUGGCAGAUGCGGAGGAACCUACUGGUGUGGAUGGAACGAACAAAGGAAACACAGAAGAAAGUGGGGUUGAACCACCAGCAGAACCACCUGUUCGCAGGAAGGCAAAGACCAAAAUCGGAAAUAAGACUAAGAAGAAGAAAAAGACAAAAACCACGUCAAAGUUUCCAGAUGGGGAAGAAGGUCUUCAGACUGAUCAUCAAGAUUAUUGUGAAGUAUGUCAACAAGGUGGAGAAAUUAUUCUAUGCGACACAUGUCCUAGAGCUUAUCACUUGGUGUGUCUAGAGCCUGAAUUAGAAGAAACUCCGGAAGGAAAAUGGAGUUGUCCUCAUUGUGAAGGAGAAGGUAUUGCAGGUGCAGCUGAAGACGAUGAUGAGCAUAUGGAAUUUUGUAGAAUAUGUAAAGAUGGUGGUGAAUUGCUAUGCUGUGAUAGCUGUACUAGCGCAUACCAUACACAUUGUUUGAAUCCACCACUUUCAGAAAUUCCUGAUGGCGACUGGAAGUGUCCCAGAUGUUCUUGUCCACCUAUACGUGGAAAAGUUGCAAAGAUCUUAACAUGGAGGUGGAAGGAAUGCCCAGAAACACCUUCAGAGGAGCCAUCAACAAGUAAAGCUGCUCCUAAGCAACGUAGAAUACGCGAAUUCUUCGUGAAAUGGGCAGAUAUGUCUUAUUGGCAUUGCGACUGGAUCACAGAAUUACAGCUUGAUGUUUUCCAUCCUCUCAUGUUUAGAAAUUAUUCACGAAAAUAUGAUAUGGACGAACCACCGAAGUUGGAGGAACCAUUAGACGAAAGCGAUUCCCGAGUAAAACGUUUAAAAGAACAGGACGUUGCAACUAAUAGGGAUGAAUACAAUUUAGAGGAGCGAUUCUAUCGUUACGGAGUUCGGCCAGAGUGGCUUGUAGUGCAUCGAGUAAUUAAUCAUAGGCUUUCAAGAGAUGGUAGAGCGACGUAUCUCGUUAAAUGGAGGGAAUUAGGAUACGAUCAGGCAACUUGGGAGGAUGAGCAUGAAGAUAUUCCUGGGUUAAAGCAAGCUAUCGAAUAUUACUUGGAUCUCAGAGCUGCAAACUGUUGUGAUGGUAGUUCGUCCCGCAAGGGCAAGAAGGGUAAAGGCAAGAAAUCGAAGACUCGUGAACUCAUCGAUGACGAAGAAAGAACGCCUAAGAGGUAUACUCCUCCACCUGACAAACCUACCACAGAUCUAAAGAAAAAGUAUGAACGACAGCCAGAAUAUCUGGAUCAGACUGGAAUGCAGUUACAUCCUUAUCAGCUGGAAGGUUUGAAUUGGUUAAGAUAUUCAUGGGGCCAAGGUAUAGACACUAUUUUAGCGGACGAGAUGGGUCUAGGAAAAACCAUUCAAACUAUCACCUUUCUGUAUUCAUUAUACAAAGAAGGUCACUGCAAGGGACCGUUCCUUGUAUCUGUUCCUCUAUCAACUAUCAUUAACUGGGAACGUGAAUUUGAAACCUGGGCACCUGAUUUUUAUUGUGUUACUUACGUUGGUGACAAGGACAGUCGUAUAGUGAUUCGUGAGAAUGAAUUGUCUUUCGAAGAGGGUGCUGUUCGUGGUGGCCGAGCAUCGAAGAUCCGAUCGAAUCAAAUUAAGUUCAAUGUACUUCUUACCAGUUAUGAGCUGAUCUCAAUUGAUUCUGCGUGCUUAGGAUCGAUAGAUUGGGCUGUAUUAGUAGUAGACGAAGCGCAUAGACUCAAAUCUAACCAGUCGAAAUUUUUUAGACUAUUAGCGUCCUAUAAUAUCGCGUAUAAAUUAUUGUUAACUGGAACUCCUUUGCAAAAUAACUUGGAGGAAUUGUUCCAUCUUUUGAAUUUCCUCUGUCGUGAUAAAUUCAAUGACUUAGCUGCGUUCCAAAAUGAAUUCGCUGAUAUUUCGAAAGAAGAACAAGUGAAGAAGUUGCAUGAACUACUCGGACCACAUAUGUUGAGGAGAUUAAAGGCUGAUGUAUUAAAGAAUAUGCCGAGUAAAUCAGAAUUCAUUGUCCGUGUCGAAUUAUCGCCUAUGCAAAAGAAAUAUUAUAAAUAUAUAUUGACGAGGAACUUCGAGGCGCUGAAUCCCAAGGGGGGAGGUCAACAAGUGUCGCUAUUGAAUAUCAUGAUGGAUCUUAAAAAGUGCUGCAACCAUCCUUACUUAUUUCCAGCCGCAUCUCAAGAAGCACCAACCGCACCAAACGGAAGUUACGAAACGUCUGCAUUAAUCAAAGCAGCAGGAAAAUUGGUUCUAUUGAGUAAAAUGUUAAAGAAAUUAAGAGAUGAUGGACAUAGAGUCUUGAUCUUUUCUCAAAUGACGAAAAUGUUGGACAUUCUCGAAGAUUAUUUAGAAGGAGAGGGUUAUAAGUAUGAAAGAAUAGACGGUAACAUUACUGGUGCUCAACGACAGGAAGCCAUUGACAGAUUUAAUGCACCUGGCGCGCAACAGUUUGUUUUUCUACUUUCUACUCGGGCUGGUGGUUUGGGUAUAAACUUGGCUACUGCCGACACUGUGAUCAUUUACGAUUCCGACUGGAAUCCACACAACGACAUUCAGGCCUUUAGUAGAGCACAUAGAAUUGGCCAAGCUAAUAAAGUCAUGAUCUAUAGAUUUGUAACUCGCAACUCUGUCGAAGAACGAGUUACACAAGUGGCGAAGCGUAAAAUGAUGUUAACACAUUUAGUUGUGAGACCUGGAAUGGGUGGUAAAGGCGCCAAUUUCAGUAAACAAGAACUUGACGACAUUUUACGAUUCGGAACUGAGGAAUUAUUCAAAGAGGAGGAAGGCAAAGAGGAUGAAGCCAUUCAUUAUGAUGACAAAGCUGUGGCUGAAUUGUUAGACAGAAGCAAGGAAGGUAUCGAACAGAAAGAAAACUGGGCCAACGAGUAUCUAAGUUCGUUUAAAGUAGCAUCGUACGUAACAAAGGAAGGUGAAACGGAAGAAGAAGCGGACACGGAGAUUAUUAAACAGGAAGCUGAGAACACAGAUCCAGCUUAUUGGAUCAAAUUAUUGAGACAUCAUUAUGAACAACAACAGGAAGACAUUGCCAGAACACUUGGAAAAGGUAAACGAAUACGUAAGCAAGUGAACUAUAAUGAUGGAGGAGUAACUGGAGACCAAAGUACAAGGGAUGAUCAACCAUGGCAGGAGAAUCUUUCUGAUUACAAUAGUGAUUUUAGUGCUCCUAGCGAUGACGAUAAAGAAGACGAUGACUUUGACGAAAAGGGUGAUGGUGAUCUGUUAUCUCGCAGAAGCAGACGAAGAUUAGAGAGAAGAGACGAAAAGGAUCGACCUCUCCCUCCAUUGCUUGCCAGAGUUAAUGGAAACAUUGAAGUACUAGGCUUCAAUGCCAGACAAAGGAAAGCAUUCCUGAACGCGAUUAUGCGUUACGGUAUGCCACCGCAGGACGCGUUUAACUCUCAGUGUAUAUUGUCGCAUUUCAGGUUGGUACGAGACCUGAGAGGCAAGUCGGAGAAGAAUUUCAAGGCCUACGUUUCCCUUUUCAUGCGACAUUUAUGUGAACCUGGUGCGGAUAAUGCCGAAACAUUUGCCGAUGGUGUCCCGAGAGAAGGUCUUAGCAGGCAGCACGUUUUAACAAGAAUUGGUGUAAUGUCUUUAAUAAGGAAAAAGGUGCAAGAAUUCGAACACAUAAACGGAUAUUACUCGAUGCCAGAAAUGAUUCGCAAACCGGUAGAACCUGUGAAAGUAGAUGGUGGUGGAGAAGGAGCGACUGGAACUAGCAGUACCAGUGCAACACCAGCUACUUCUAAUGCACCUAGCCCGAGUCCUGCUGCAACUCCAACGCCAACUACUAUCCCUGGAAGUACGAAUACUGACUCCAACAAGUCAAAUUUAGACACGUCUGAAGUAAAAGAAUGUAAAGAAGUCCCUAAGGAUAAAGAAAGUGUUGAUGCAAAGGAUGUGGAGGAAUCAAAAGAAUCUAAAGAAGAGGAGGAGAAUAAUACGGAAAAAGAUAAAGACAAGGAGGACAUCAAGAAAGAAGAGAAGGAUGCAGAGGGAGAAACACAGGAUAAGGAAAAGGAUAAGACAGAUGCUACAGAUGAAAAAUUUGUGGCGAAACACGAUGAAAAAGUGGACAACUCUGAAAGCAAAACAAAACAAGAUUCCGAGGAAGAUGUAGUUAUCGUUAAAGACGAUGAAGAAGAAACAGAAAAGCGAGAGGAGAAAGAUAAUAAAGAUAAGGACAUAAAGGAUUGUGAUUCAGAAACGAUGAAGCCCAAGCGCAAGUUCAUGUUCAACAUAGCUGAUGGUGGUUUCACUGAAUUACACACAUUAUGGUUAAAUGAAGAGAAAGCUGCAGUACCUGGCCGUGAAUACGAAAUCUGGCAUAGAAGACAUGAUUAUUGGUUACUGGCCGGCAUUGUUACACAUGGCUAUGGUCGUUGGCAGGAUAUCCAAAAUGAUAUUAGGUUUGCAAUAAUAAAUGAACCAUUUAAGAUGGACGUAGGCAAGGGUAACUUUUUAGAAAUAAAAAACAAAUUCCUAGCUCGACGUUUCAAACUGUUGGAACAGGCAUUAGUGAUAGAAGAGCAAUUGAGAAGAGCCGCGUACCUGAACUUAACGCAGGAUCCUAAUCACCCUGCGAUGAGCCUGAAUGCAAGAUUUGCCGAAGUCGAGUGCCUUGCAGAAUCACAUCAACAUCUUAGUAAAGAAAGCCUUGCCGGAAAUAAACCAGCAAAUGCUGUGUUACAUAAAGUACUAAAUCAAUUGGAAGAACUGUUGUCUGACAUGAAAUCUGACGUGAGUCGUUUACCAGCAACAUUAGCUCGCAUUCCACCUGUUGCUCAAAGACUUCAAAUGUCAGAGAGGUCGAUAUUAAGUCGAUUGGCAGCAACCGCACCAGGUGGUAGCAGUUCUCAGUCGGGUCAAGCAGCGCUGUUAGCGCAACAGUUUCCAGCCGGUUUCUCCGGCGGACAACUGCCGGCUACAUUCGCUGGUGCGGCUAAUUUUGGAAAUUUUAGACCACAAUACUCAGUACCAGGUCAACCACCACAGGGAUUCACAGCUUGAAUAGUAAAUGGUUGAUAAACAGUGGCUCAAUCGAGAAUUUGUAAUAGCGCAAGUCAUCACUACCUUUCGACGAGGUCCAUGCGCGCUGUAUUAUUUUUCGUAAAUUACAAUUUCUAGCUGAAUUUUAUUAAAAGAGGAGAUGCUCUAUAACUUGACGAAGUAACGAAGACAAACACACACACACAUACACAUAGACGUAAUACGUUACAUCUAAAUUACAUUAUUGCUGUAUUUAUUAUAUGUACAUUCGGCGUUUAGCAUCAAGAUUAUCAUGUUUUUGUAUUUAUACAUAUACGGUCCUUGUAGAAAGCGGCAUAAAUUAUUUUCUUAAGCUAAUUAAGAGCAUGAUUUAUAUUUCUUCAUCGACCGGCGUGUGUAUCGUAUCGUAACGAUAAGUACGUUUUACUUAAUAGAAACAAAAAUAACAACUUAUUUAAGAAACCAAUAUAGGUUUACAUAAAUUUAUGCAGUUUAAACAUAAGGUACGCUAAUUAAUUCGAGCGAUUAAUCGUUCGGCAUAAUUUAUUCACAACUUCUUUUUGCAUCAAUAUUUUCCUAAUGGAUGCCGGAAAGACUUAAUUAGUUGGAAGCCUAUCCCCGCCCGAUAUGUGUAUUUGUGAAUUCAGGGAUUUCAGUUAGGAUUGCAUACUGAAUACACAGAGUAUCGUCAUAUAAGAGUACCGUAAAUAUGACGAACAAUGGCAAUCAUCUUAGUUAAGACUGACAUUCACGUGAUGUAUUCAGAUUUCAUUUCUUACACGAUUUUACAUGCUAUUGUAAUGCAUGGGUUUGCAUACUGAAUAAGCAAGAUUCUUUACACGUGCAUGCUUUAAUCGUCAAUUUUUCAGUUCAAAUUUUUUAAAGAAACAGAUAUAUCGUAUUGUGUAAGUACCACGUUGCAGAGAACAGAGGCACGAAGUCUGUUUGAUACUUAAAUAUUAUAAUAUACACGGUGAUACAACUCUACGUAAUAAAUACGUAAUUCGACUCUGUAGGAAUCGCCAGUUUUAUUAAAAUGUCACGCCUGUGACUAUAAAAAUAUGAUUUAGAUUUGAAUUUGAUAAUACCGUGAUUGUUUCAUAAAUAUACUUUGUACAUACUUGUCGAGUUACAGUCUACUGCACUACAUAUACUAAAAUACAUAUACGCGUACAUAUUAAUAGCACUUGCGUAUAAGGUCAGAAAGCACGUCACAUCCCAUGCAUUAUAUUAGUAAAAAAAAAAGAGGAAGAAUAAGGAACAACUAUAAAUAUAAUUAUGAAACACAAAUACAUUAAAAAAUCUUGAGUAAACAUAUUGUUCAAUUUUUUCUAUCCCAAGUUUGAGAUAUGUUAAAGCAUUUUAAUUUCUGAGUAAUUGAUCUGCCAAAUUACUGCGUUGGCAUAUAAGAUUUUAAGGGUAAUUUAGGAUUUAGCUAAGAAAUUCUGAACGAGACUAUGAAGAUGAAUGAAAGGAAAACGAGCGAGAGGAAUGAACGAGUAUAAAGUGAAUUAAAGAUAUAAGCCGAAUCACGGAAUAUCGUUUGUUGUAUGUAUUAAUUCUGCUGGAAUAAAUUAAUAAUUAGAAACCACA